UGCUGUAAAGCACAACUGGAUGAACUCCUCGUUGUGAUCAUACUCCGUCGAUUGUCUGCCGCUCAUGAAGAGUCCACACGUGCGAACCAGGCUGGUUUUAAACCUGGUCGAGGUUUCCUAUCCUCGUGUGCGGAUAGCGGUAUCGAUUUACUCCCAGGUGGCAUGCUGUCGGAUCUACAGUAUCCAGAUGACAUUGUGCUGCUGAGUGAAGAUCCAGAGAACUAUUUGUUGAUCGAUGAAAUCAUUCUGAUUCCCGAGUUUGUCAAUCUGAAUUGUACAUAUCAGGACAUUGUUGAAGUUGUACACGGGGACUCGAAACUGCGUUUCAGUAUCCGUGGUUCGAAAGUGCGUCUCAAGCCACUCGAGUUAAAUAAAGACCGUGAUGUCAUGAUAUCAAAAAAGCUGUCCUGGAUUUUGCGCCAUGGCGCACAAAAAGUCGGUCUGACUUACGGCGUCGGUGGUUAUCUCUUCUUGGACGACGUUUUAAGACUUCAGGACUUCAGUGGUAUCAGUGUUGAGGAUGUGCAGCGAGUGGUUGAGAAUAACAACAAACAACGAUUUGAAUUAUCUGUAGAUCCAGAGACUGGCAGGCGACGAAUUCGUGCUUUCCAGGGGCAUAGUGUCAAGAUUGAGGGCCUGGAGUUAAUCCCAAUCACCGAUGCUUCGGAAUUUCCUGUGGUCAUUCACGGCACUUACUGGCGUAAUUGGGAACAAAUCAAACGGGAAGGGUUGAACCGAAUGAACCGAACACAUAUUCACUUCGCUCCCGGUGAGAUCGGUCAAUCCGGCGUAAUUAGCGGAAUGCGAAACAGUGUGGAUGUGGUCAUCUACAUUGAUUUGGCUGCCGCACUUCGGGACGGUUACAAAUUUUUCCUGUCCUCAAAUCGGGUUAUUCUGACCGAGGGCGAUGCGAACGGUUCUCUGCCGCCGAAAUAUUUCGCAAAGGUCUUUCAAUGUCGGCCCCAUCCUUCUCAAUUUAUGUUUUAUUAUGGAAUAUUAGUAUUCAACUGGUGGAUUUGCUCUUCACAACAAAGUUUUUGUGCCGUGACUUGUUUGACUCACAUUGUGAACUCAGACUUUUGUGAAAUACAUCCAUGCAACUUCCCUUACAUCAUGCAAAUGUCUGCUCAAUCAAUGUAG